AGAUUUCAUCUAGAAUUUCAUUUGAAUGGAAUAUAUAAUGAACAUAAUGAAUUAAUUCAGUUAACAUCGACGGCGGUUAGAGGAGAACAAUAUUUUGAUGUUUAUCUACCAUUAACAGUGACGCCAAAACGUGUCUUAUUACCAUCUGAUACAAUACAAACGAAUGAUCAAUCAACAUCAUCUUUACAAACAUGUCAUUUAACUGUAGUUGGUGGAAGUGGAGAUUAUAUAUGGACAUCGCAUGAUCCAGAUAUAGGUAUAGAACGUUUUAGUCUCUCUUACGAGAAAACCUAUUCAAGUGAUACCGUCCGAUUUUGUUCGUUCAUACGUCGAUCGAUCGAGUGUAUCGAGCUAGUAAAAAAACUUAAAAGGAUUUUUCUCCAUGACUCUUGAAGACCCGUUUUUCUAGAAAAACAGUUUUUCAGAAACUAAAAAAUAAUCAAAACCUUUCUU